AGGGUUGAGGGCUGGGUGAGUGUGUGGGAGUGCUGCACCAGAGCGCAAGAGAACGAGAGGACGUUGGCGGGAUUCGAAAGAGAAAGGCAAAGAGAAAGACUGGAACAAGUGUGCACACGGACAUUGUCGAAAGCACGAGGAUCGUGGGUGUGUGUGUGUGUGAGUGUGUGUGAGUGUGCGCAGUGCACGUGUGUGUGUGUUUGCACGUGUUGAGUUACAGUGAUGUUGGAGCACUCGUCUGAACGAGGCUUUGUGCCUAGUGUGUGUGUAGAUGGCAUGCGCUUCUCCUCCACCACCAACAACCCCGUCACCAUGAGGACCAGUGAGGAGCUGCUGCUGAGUAACGGCACAGCUGGGAAAAUGAACGGAGCUCUGGAGCAUUCUGAUCAGCCCGAUCCUGAUGCAAUUAAGAUGUUUGUGGGUCAGAUUCCUCGCUCCUGGUCUGAGAAGGAGCUGAAGGAGCUGUUUGAACCUUACGGCGCUGUCUAUCAGAUUAACAUCCUGAGAGACCGCAGUCAAAACCCACCACAGAGCAAAGGAUGCUGUUUUGUCACAUUCUACACACGAAAAGCUGCUCUUGAGGCUCAGAAUGCCCUGCACAACAUCAAAACCUUAACUGGGAUGCACCAUCCCAUUCAGAUGAAGCCUGCAGACAGUGAGAAAUCAAAUGCGGUGGAGGACAGGAAGUUGUUUAUCGGGAUGGUGUCAAAGAAGUGUAACGAGAACGAUAUCCGGGUUAUGUUCUCUUCCUUCGGACAGAUUGAGGAGUGUCGCAUCCUGAGAGGGCCAGACGGACUUAGCCGAGGAUGUGCGUUUGUCACGUUUUCUACCAGGGCUAUGGCACAGAAUGCAAUCAAAGCCAUGCAUCAGUCUCAGACCAUGGAGGGUUGCUCCUCCCCCAUGGUGGUGAAGUUCGCCGACACUCAGAAGGAUAAGGAGCAGCGGCGGCUGCAGCAGCAGUUAGCUCAGCAGAUGCAGCAGCUGAACAGCGCCUCCGCCUGGGGAAGUCUGACUGGCCUGACCGGCCUCACCCCGCAGUACCUGGCAUUGCUACAGCAGGCGACUUCGUCCAGUAAUCUAGGAGCAUUCAGUGGGAUCCAGCAGAUGGCAGGUAUGAACGCUCUGCAGUUACAGAAUCUGGCCACUCUAGCAGCGGCCGCCGCGGCAGCUCAGAGUUCGGCCAGCCCGUCCACCGCUAGUGCCCUGACCUCCAGCACAGGCUCCCUGGGAGCCCUGGCCAGCCCAGCAGCAGGCUCCACAGCUAACUCGAGUGCAGGAGCGAUGGGUUCUCUCGGCUCCUUGGGAACCCUGCAAGGCCUCGCUGGGGCCACCGUGGGCCUCAACAACAUUAAUGCACUAGCAGGUAGCGUCAACAUUGCUCACAUGCUCUCAGGUGUGGCUGCCCUGAAUGGCGGCGGCUCGGCCGGCCCCAUGGAUGCCCUCACUCAGGCUUACUCAGGAAUCCAGCAGUACGCCGCCGCCGCCCUGCCCACACUCUACAGCCAGAGCUUACUGCAGCAGCAGAGUGCUGCCGGGAGUCAGAAGGAGGGACCAGAAGGGGCAAACCUUUUCAUCUAUCACCUGCCACAGGAGUUCGGGGACCAGGACAUUCUGCAGAUGUUCAUGCCUUUUGGAAAUGUAGUGUCGGCCAAAGUGUUUAUCGACAAACAGACCAAUCUGAGCAAGUGCUUCGGUUUCGUCAGUUAUGACAAUCCCGUGUCGGCACAAGCAGCCAUUCAGGCGAUGAACGGUUUUCAGAUUGGAAUGAAACGCCUGAAGGUGCAGCUGAAGCGCUCUAAGAACGACAGCAAGCCCUACUGAUCUUAUUGCUAGGGCCAGUCCUCUCUGUCCCUACAAUGCUAGGAAACUCAUCUCCAUGACUCUUUGCUCAUCGUUUGCCUAGCAUGUCUACGUGGCGUUCAAAAAAAAAAAAAAAAGUCUCAUCGUCUCGUCAUUGUCUCCGAUGUCUUUCUGAGUUCUCCUGAUCAUAAUCUGGUCUCCUCCUACUGAUCUCUCCUCGACUUUGAUCUUAGCUUGGUCUUUGUUGGGUAAUUUUUUUUGUUUUUUUGCAUGUGACCUCAUUUUAAAGCUUUUACCUGUUUUUCUGAGGUUUUUUUUUCUCUUUCUGUUUUUGACUUGUUUUGUUUAUUUGUUUGUUUGUUUGUGUUCUUUCUCUUUUUAUUAUAACAAUCGGGGGAGGGAUGGGGAAAGAAGGAAGGAAAAAAAAAUACUAACAAAUGUGAAAAAGCUAAAGUGCUAAAGCUGCGUUCACACUCGCAAAUAGGUAUAAUCUAUUUAAUAGUAUAACCCGAAGCGUCGUCAUUUUAAGAAGCGCUGUUUUUAACAUUUCACAAAUUUACUUAAUGACAAAAAAAAUUCACACAAACCUGUGGCAAAGAAAUUAAAAGAAUUUGCAUUGUUUGCUAGCUUAAAAUUUUUCUUAUGAUUUGCUUUACAUUUCAUUUUUUGUUGUUUUUUGUUUUGUUUUAUAUUUCAUUCAUUUAAAGUAAACUUGAAAGUACAAUACAGGGAUUGGCUUCGGGACUUUCUGUCAGCGCGUUUCGUGGUAUGAGACGCGCGGGUAGACCCAGCUGGUUUCUACGAGAACUAGACUACUUCCAAGCAGUUUUAAUACAAAAAAAACAAAAAAAUCUGUCUAAUUGAACUUAAGAGUCUCUCAGAGCGAGCUUGUGGUUUUUACAUUUUUCAGGCAGUGUAAAGUUUUUUGAUAAGGCCAUUUGAAGUGGCUCGGUUUCUCAUUAAAGUCUAUAUAAAACCACUUUUUUCUAGAGUAGUAAAGGUAUUAAGAAAAAAAAAAAAACAACAAAAAAAGGAAAAACAAGAAAAAAGAGUGCCCUGUUUGGGGGAAAUGCUACCUACAUGUCACACCUUUUUGCUGAACUGAUCUACCGUUAGACAAUCCGUGGUAUAAAUGCACAUGAAAUGACCUAUAUUUUAUACUGUUUAAAUGUAUAGAGGAAAAAAAAACACAGUUUGUGUGACCCGCGUUCCCGUCGGUGCUUUUUGUGGAUUGAGUCGUGAUUUCAUCACAAGUCUAAUAGUCUUAUUUGUCUUGUGUUUUUAAAGAGAAGACUAAAAAUCGGUUUACUUGAACAUAGACAAAAACCUAUCAUAGUACUAUUGCAACUAGAGUAUACCUGUUUUUUUUGUUUGUUUGUUUGUUUGUUUGUUUAUUUGUUUUUGUUUUGGGUUUUUUUUCUUUCCUUUUUUAAGAGUCCCUAUUUGAAAUUUCUUGUCGGGUAAUUAGCUAUAUAAACCUUUUACAAUGUCAGCUUGUAAAGCAUCAAUGUCAUUCUUAUUAUUAUUUUCAAUUUCAAUUGUGGGAAACAAUAUUUAGAUGUGUUGUUGCGUUCAGCAAAAUGUACUUUUUUUUUCUUAUAAAGGAAACAAAAAAAAACAAAACAAAACAAAAAAAAAAGUGGACUUUAGUGCCAAAUUCUGACGGUACAUCCUGCCUACAGCUUCAGUGUAUUACUUGUGAAAUGAUUUGAUAACAUGGGUAUUUUAUUACGUAAGUGUUUUGUAUCCCUCAUAUUUAAGGAUAUAGAUUUAAAAAAAAAACACAAAAAAAAAAACCGCGGUUGUUAACUUGCUACUCUGUGGUCUUGUUGCCUGAACUGUUCACGUUUUUGCUUUCUUUUUAAAUGUAAAAAGUGCCCAUGUGUCAUUCUCUCUUUCUUUCUCUCUCUCUCUCACUCACUCUCUCACUCUCUCUCACACACACUCUCUGCACGUGCACAACCAUACACACACAAACAUGCACGCAUACACACACCUGCUCUAAAGGUUGACCUCACAGCCCUCUUUUCUUCGAUGGUGUGUGUAUGUGAGCCCCCUGAGCACGAGUCUCAGCAGCACACACACUCACACACCUACACACAAACACAGAAAUAUUGGCAUCGUAUUAGCGCUAAUCAUGCGCAGCCAAAGUCAGAGGUGAGCUGUAAAAGAGGUGUGUUUCUCAUUGUCAGGCAUGUGUCGAUAGAAAAGUUUCAUAUCAUACUAGAACAUAUACUUUUUUUUAAAUAGAGAUAUUGUGUGUGUGUGUGUGAUGUCAUGGGGCUUCAUUUUAACCAGCAUCUAUUUCUGGAUUCUUUUUUUUUUUUACACCGAUAAAACGCCAGAAAAGUGCAGACACACACGCCUGAUGCUUUUGUUCGUUAGCUUAUUUAAGAAUAAGUUAAAUGAACUAAUCUAAAUAAAUAAAUAAAUGAAGAAAUAUAUAUACCCAGCACUUGCUAUGUUCAACACGGCGAGACAGGAAGUGGGUAUAAAAGUAAUCGGUUUCACAGAUGAAAUUCAGGCAUAGCAGCACAACUGGGGUUAGAAGACAACGGAGGAAUAGUACGGAGAGCAGAUCGACUCCUGAGCGUGUGGCAUCAUGUAAGCUGUCUGUUUCAUUCUUCGUGUUCAGCAGAUUUAUCACAUCAUGCCACAUUUUUAGAAGAAAAAAAAACAAACCCUACAUUUCUUUUUGUAUCACUAAGGUUUUUAGAGUUAGAGUUUACAUUCAGUUUGGACUUGAUGCUUUAACCGAUGAGGACAGAUGUCCUGAAGAGUCACACUGAAUCUUAUAGCACACCUGUGAAUAUGCUGCCUUGUAACAGGACAGAGUUUCUAUCUAAGAAGCACAAACACUGCCCAGAAAUGCCUCUUCACCUCCCACAUUCCACCCGGGGCUAGUGGCCAUCGCUUUUAUACGUUGUCUAAUACACAGUACCAUGUUUAGAGUUAUCGGCACAUGCCUGUUUGCCUUUCUCUCUUUCUCUGUCUCUCUCUCUCUCUCUCUCUCUCUCUCUGUCUCACUCUCUCUGUCUCACUCUCUCUCUCUCUCUCUCUCUCUCUCUCUGCCUCUUCAGGUCUUUAAAGCAGCCUGAUGCCAAAAAGGACAACUCACCCGUCCACAGUUUCACAUUUUCCCAUUGCACUUUUGUCUAAAACGUUUACACGUGUUGUAAAUGGCCCGUAUAAUACAGUACAAUCUUGUUUACAGACGUGGUUUACAGCCGGCCCCCCCUAAAAACCCCUGUUUACUUCACUAAAGCACUAUUUUCUACCCAAAUCCUGCCGUUGCCUUAACAUGACGCUCAGUAUUAGUGGGGUGGAAUAGGCUGCUGCCUGAGUGCUGCCAAGGUUAUUUGUUGCGUUUGUGUUAGGUGUGUGUGACCGUAUGUGUGUAUGUGUGUGUGUUUUGUCCCAAUAAUACACCCAAGGUUUUGCCGUACCAACAAAAUGCAACAACUGCCAAACCUGCAUCCUUCACCAGCUUCGGCUCUACAGCACGGUUCAGACGUUACGUCGUCGCUCUCCGUCGGAUGCACAAGCACAAAAAAUCACAUGCAAGCACAUGCCAAAUAAAAUCGUUAGCACAACGACGACACGCAGGAUGACAGUAUUACGUGUCAGCGUCCUGGCAGCUUUACCAGCUCACAGGAUGUGACAUCAAGUGAAAUCUUACACACUGCCAUUUCAGUGUAUCCACACAAUCCCAAUCAAAGGCUUUUUGAGCACAAGGAGUUUCUUAUACUUUAAUCACUCGCUCUCAGUAAUCCUGCCCAGGGCCGCGCUGGAUCCUGAGCCUGUUCCAGGAAUACUGAGCAUGAAGUAAAGAUGUCGGUACUGCAAAACGUUAAAAAGAGCGAGAUUUCUAUUUCAAGCACAAGUACAUCACAGCACAUGUAUUUUGUUUUCAUUUUAAUGGCAUAAAUUGAAUCUGAAGAAUAUUUUAGUAUCUUAAUAAAUAAUACCUAUGGAGACUAACAUAGAGAUUACUCCAUAAUGUAAAAAAUUGCACGCUGGCUUAUUAGAAAUGGGACAGAAAUCUUUCGAAAUGUUCUAAUAUAGAAUUGAGCAUGUGUAACUUAAAUAAAUAAUAAACAAACGCGCUUGCUGGAUCAUUGAUGAGAACCAUUGGAACCCAGUUUCUGAACAUUAAACCCCUGUGCAAACCGGUAGAUGUGCUUGAACCAAAUACAGCAAUUGAAGCACAUGAAUGACUAAAAUUAUGAUGAAAUACAGAUAGAGAACAUUUAAAAGUGUUUGACUCCUAAAGCACAAGACAAUGAUAUGCUGACUUCUUGGUCAGCCUGCAAAGCAUUCUGGGUUGUUUUUAUUCCUGAAGUCAUGUAUCGCCAUGUCAACUGAUCCCAUCCUUCAUGCUACCAAGGGCUCAUCAACUUCACUCCAGCUAAGAAAGUAGCGGCACUGCCUUUGAAAAAGCGACAGGGAUCCAAUCAAAGAGGAUUUUAAGAGGGUAGGCGUUGGAGGGUGUUUAAAAAAACAGUAUUGGAACAAGGCCAAGAUUUUUUUUUGUUUUUGAUGAUAGUGAAGAAAAUGAUGGAGAGUCAACACUUGAUAUCGCUGCACUAUGAUGUGGUCAAAUGGCAGGGGGUUAAACCAACAAAUAUUAAUCUGUUAUGUCUCCUGUUGUGUGUGUGUGUGUGUGUGUGUGUGUGUGUUUCAACGUAGUCUGCUUUGCCACUAUCAAAACAAACAGGGUAAGAUUUUGCGAUCUCGCUACACACACAAUUCCCGACACGCUCCAUUUCUCACACACACACACACACACACACACACACACACACACACACUAGAUGUUUAGUAAAGCACAAACUCGUAAGAGUCUUUGCAGACGUGCUGGCUGAGGCUCUUUACUCAGGGGUUUUCUUCACCACACACAUCUUCUCUUCAAUCUGUUUGUUCUUUCUGUUUUUGCUUUCUCUUAAGUGCUAUUUAACAACAGUGUAUUUUACAAGAAAAAGUGGAGUUUCUUUGCAUUUUUCGCUUAUUAUGUCAAGUUUUUUGGACAAAAAAAAUAAUAAUGUAUGUGUGUUGAUCUGAUGUGCCGUAUAAAAAAAAGCUUGUUGUCUGUAGAUUAAUAUCAUUUUGUUUGAUUCUAAAAUGGAUUUGAAUAGUUUUAAGUAUUGUCUUGAGAAAAGCCAAAGUCAAUGCAUUUCAGUGGAUUAUGUAAGCGUGGUACAUGUUUGUUUGACUCCUUGGAAUCUGUCAUUGGAUGGAAUUUAAAAAGUACAAAAAAACGCAGGCUUUCCUAUUUCUAAAACUGAUUGUACUUAUGCCUUUUGUACCAGUGCAACUUUUUAUACUGGCAAUUAAAGAAAAAAAAAACAAACAAAAAACAAAAAACCUAUCGAGAGUCUGUCUGACCCGGCGAAGGGGUCGGCCAGCGGCUGUUCCCGAGUUCUGAUUUCUAAGUUGGCAUCCAGGAUGGUUAAGUUUUAAUAUAAAGCUUUUCUAGAACUUUGGCUUGGUAUCUUUGAACUUUGACAUCUUCUUGUUCUUCUUCACUUCAGCGUUUAGUUUCCUUUAUCUUUAUCUCUUUGUUUUCUUUUCCUUUGUGUUUUUUUUUUUCUUCUCUUUUUGGAAAGAGGGUCCGGAGUUUUCCUUUUGGCUUGCCGAUACUUAAAAAAAAAAUCAAGUUUGUCUUUUUCAAAGCGUCUUUACGAAGGCGGUAAGUUUCAUUUUGCUCAGUAUAUUGUGCAGUCUCCAUGAUAAGACGUUUAGACGAUUUAGAAGUAUUUAGUCCCCUUCUGUGGAUAAAUGUAUUAGUUUGACAAAGAGAUAAAAACAAGUAAUUUGAGGACUUUUUUGCUUUUAGCUGUUUAGAUUUUUCUGGUUUCUCUGUCCUUCGCUGUUAACCUAACUGUGUAGCUGAAACAGUCAGACUUAUUUUUGUAAAUGUACGUUCUUGUGUGAUGCAGUUUUUUGCUUCUGUCUCCGAUAUUAAAUCAUUUUUCCUAA